GACAAUGUUGAUUCGGCUUAUGUGUUCCAAAUCUGGGGCGGCACCACCAAUUUUUCUCCCCUCGCUGGGGCGUUUCUUGCCGAUACUUAUUUGGGAAGGUUUUAUACUCUCCUCUUUGGCUCCAUCGCCUCCUUCCUGGGCAUGGGAGUAUUGACCUUAGGCGCAGCCUUACCUGAAAUGAGACCACCACCAUGCAGCAGUGGCAAAACCGACUGCAUACAAUCUAAACCAUGGCAACUCGCAUUCCUCUACCUUGGUCUUGGCCUCCUUGUCAUCGGAGCCGGUGGCAUUAGACCCUGCAACAUCUCCUUCGGCGCCGAUCAGUUCGACACCAACACCGAAAAGGGCCGAGCCAAACUCGAAAGCUUCUUAAACUGGUGGUACUUCCUCUUCUCCAUAGCCCUGGUCAUAGCACUCACCCUCGUCGUCUACAUCCAAACCAACAUCAGCUGGACCCUCGGCUUCGCAAUCCCCACCGCCGCCUUCAUCUUUUCCAUCGUCAUCUUCCUCCUCGGCCGCCACUUAUACAUCUGCAGGAUCCCCCAAGGCAGCGUCUUCGCUGACAUGGCCAAAGUCCUCAUCGCCACAUACCGCAAACGCCAAAUCCCAAGACCCUCUCCAAAUCACUUACAUGACCCUCCAAUGGAUUCCUCUAAGCUCCCACACACCAAUAGAUUUUUGGUUUUUGACAAAGCCGCUAUGGUUACUGAUUCCUCCAUGGAAUUGGACGAACAGGGGAGGUCCAAAAACGAGUGGAAAUUAUGCACCGUUCAUCAAGUGGAGCAACUUAAAUGCGUUGUGGGUAUUGUACCAAUUUGGGCUGCCGGGAUUUCGUGUUUCAUUUCAAUGCAACAAAUGGGUUCUUUUGGGAUUUUACAAGCGAUUCAAAUGAACAGAUUUCUCGGCCCCCAUUUCGAAAUCCCACCGGCUUGGAUGAGUUUAAUACCCAUGAUUGCACUCUCGCUUUGGAUUUACAUUUACGAGAAAUACGUUGAGUUCAUGAAAAGAAAAACCCAUCACAACAAACGCUUCUCCAUGAAAAUGAGAAUCGAAAUUGGGAUUAUGAUGUCGGUUUUAUGUAUGGUAGUCGCCGGAAUUCUCGAGAAGAUCCGACGAGACUCUGCGAUUGAGAACAGAACAUUUGUUUCGCCGUUACAUGUUUCUGUGUUGAUACCGGAAUUCGCAUUGUCGGGUUUGACGGAGGCAUUUGCAGCCAUUUCUGUGAUGGAACUUCUCACGACGCAAUUGCCGGAGAGUCUGAGGACGGUGGCCGGAGCUAUAUUCUUUUUAAGCUUGUCGUUGGCUAGCUAUCUGAGCUCUGUUCUUAUGGGGAUUGUGAACAGAGUAAGUAAAACAGAGGAUUCAAAAACAUCAUGGCUUGAGGGUAAUGAUCUUAACAAAAACCACUUGGAUUACUUUUUCUACGUGGUGGGUGUUAUAGCAGCUUUGAAUUUCUUCUACUUUCGGUUUGUUGGUACUAGAUUCUUGCCGGAAGGGGAUGUUGAUCCGCGGGUGAAGGCAAAUGAAAGGCGGUCGGAGGAUGAAGAAUCUGGUUUUAGAUGAUAAGAGGAGAUGUAAUGAUGAUGUUUGGCAGUUGUUAUCAUAUGUAUGAUUGAUUAGAUUGUUUGAUUCAAUCUGUUUUCUGGUGGGAAUUCAGAUUUGGAAGAUGAGCUUAGUUUUGGAAGUUGAAUUUUAGAAUUAGG